GAUCUUUCUAGAAUCCACCACCCCAAUUUUAUUUUUCUUUCUGAAACAAAAAAAAAUGGUAAGUUUGUUAAUACUGUGUGCCAUAAGCUAGGUUUUAAAGAGAGAUGUUUUAUUGUGGAUCCCUUGGGGCUGAGUGGGGGUCUUUUAUUACUCUGGGGGAGGGAUGUUUCUAUUUUGCAAGUUUUGGGGAAUCAGUUUAGCAUUGAAGUAGAGGUGGAAGGAACUGCAGGUGGUCCUUCUUUCUGGGUUGUUUUCACAUAUAUGAGUACUGACAGCAGAAUCAGAGAAGAGCAAUGGGGUUACUUAGUUAAUGAUAAGCAAAAAUGGGGUGACUCUUGGUUGAUAGGGGGGGACUGGAAUGCCAUCUGUUCAGUGGAAGAGAAAAGAGGGGGUAGAAAAAAGAAUGAGCUGGAGCUCCGAGGUUUUAAUAAUUUCAUUGCUCAAAUGGAGAUGCAGGAAGUGCUGAUGACUGGGCACCAAUUUACCUGGGGAAACAACAGAUCAGGUGGGGAUUUCAUUGAGGAGAAAAUCGAUCAAAUUUUUGGUUCUUUCAAUUGGUUGGCUGCUCAUCCAAAUGCCAGGGUCGAAUCUUUUUGUAGAAGUGCCUCAAACCACAGGUUGUUACUUUUAUCUACACAGUUUGACUAUGGAAUACAAAAGCCAAAAAGAAGAUUUUAUUUUGAUAAAAGAUGGUUAAAGAUGUCGGGAAUCAGAGAAACAGUGGAGAAAGCUUGGAGCUUAAAGAAAAGUGGAACUCCUAUGUAUCAAGUUUCAGAGAAAAUUAAGGAGACAAGACUGGCUAUUCUUAGAUGGAGUAGUCUGUUCAAGAAGAACCGAGACAGAGAGAAAGAUGAAAUAUCUAAUAGACUGGAGAGGUUGAGUAAACAGGGAGAUAAUCGAAAUUGGGAGGAGUGGUAUGGACUUAAGAGACAGAUGGAUGAUCUCAUCAAGAAAGAAGAGGAGUAUUGGCAGCAGAAUUCCCGAGUAUCUUGGCUCAGACAUGGGGACUCCAAUUCUAAAUACUUCCCUGCUUCAGUUAUGCAGAGAAGACAGGGUAAUGCAAUUACCAGGUUACUUGAUGAGCGAGGAGAGACAUGUGAAUCAGAUGAGAAAAUUGAGCAGUGUGUCUCUAAUUUCUAUGAGAACCUGUUUACCUCAGAGGGUUCCAGUGGUGCUGAUGAAGUUUUACAAGUCAUACCUAAAUCAAUCUCGGAUGAUACGAAUGCAGACUUAACCUCUCCUGUGACAGAUGAGGAGGUUAGGGAGGCUCUUUUCAGCAUGGACCCAGGAAAAGCUCCAGGACAAGAUGGUAU